AUGAAUUCGGCAGAGCAGCCGCCCGAUUCGAAGCGGCUGCAAAAGGGAGAAGCACACUACAUCACCUCGGCUGGCCUGGCCUACCAGUGCAGUUUUCAUGUUUGGAUGUGCGAAGUCUUUGGGCUCUGCCCGAAGAUUGCCCAUGCAGCGGCGGCCCUGUCCUGCAUCAUGGCUUUGCAAAGGUUAAGGUUCCUUUCCAUUGUAGCUGUUGGAAUCUUUCUGGCGAACAUCAGUGCGCUGUGGGACAGCUCGCGGUCGACGGCCUGGGCAACUCCGAGAAGUCCCAGCCAAGAGUCAGCGGUGGGAUACUACACCGCAGCGCUGCGGGGAGCUGCGACAGUCACCGGCCCAGAAAGCUCGGCCUUUCAGAGACUAGCGCGGCUCCACUACCACGCCGUGCAACUGAGACGCGAGAGGAAGUGGGCCGGAGCAUCGGCCGUGUAUCGCACGGCCAUCGCCUUGCAAGAGCACCUGCCCCCGGCGAAAGAGGUGCCGGCCUAUGCUGCAGCUGCGUGCACCUGGCUGAACCUAGCCCUGACAGAGCAGAACAACCUUCGCUUCGACAAAGCCCGCGAAGCUUUUCGAAAUGGAACACAAUACGUCCAAGAGACCAUGCAGAAGGAGCUGAAAGUUUGGAUUGAUGGGCAAAACCGGCUGCGUUCUCGAACUCUUGCACAGGCAGAACGCGCAGAUGUCGCAGUGGCAUGCAAAUGGCUUGCCACUCUCCUAGUAGCGUGGGGCCUCCUGGAGACCAAGCGAGGCUUCCGGGACCGCGCGAAGGUGCUGGCGGAGCGAGCUGCCACACUGGAUGGAAAUAAAGCCAAGGUCCUUUCCUGGAAGGUGAUCCAAGGAUUGUGA